GGAGGAGGAGGAGGUGAAAGCCUGGAGGCGGAGAUCUGAACGAUCGGGUCGGAAAGGAUGCGGAUUACGGUAGCUCACCGGCCAUCCUGCCUUCCGACGAUGGUUUCGGUAGUUUGUUUGACAUGAGGAUGCGCGGAGAAAACGACCCAGGCCUGCGGUUUGUUGGUAGGCUGCUGAGCACGGAGGGAGAGCCUGUCAUUUACCCGUCGCCUCAAAUGAUCUGUGACACCGAGGGUUGCCUGGCUUGAUUAUAAGGGUGAUUUGAUUUUCAGCGUAGGCUAUUUACUUUGUUGUUAUGUUAGGCUACUUUGUCGUGGUCUGAAAUUGGUUUAUUUUCUCUUCAUUUAACGAAAAAACACAGCUGACCCUGUCCCUUUUUUUUUUAUAUUUUUGGUGCAACUGCCAUCAUGGUUUUAGCCGUCAUUUUAGCAUCAUCGCCACCUGAUCCCUUAUCCUGUGCCGCUGCAGACUGGAUGUCAAACUGAACGAGUGUCGUAAAGUCAAAACCAAACAUACCCAAUUUUUUUACUUUUUCUUUUUUUAACCGAGUUUCAACAUGGAGGCGUCGACGUUACAGCCUCGCUGGUUGACAGGUCUGUUUAUAUGGACGGCGUUGUGUCUGCUCAGCAGCGGUCAAUCCGCGCCGGACGCCUCGGGCCUGCCUCUAGCUAUUCGCGUGCCACUGCGGCAAGGCGCUCGCGCUCAACGGCCACCGCCGCUGCCCCCUGCCGCCGGCCACGCGGGGAAGCACGCUGCGCGCAGGCGGAGAGGAGCGGCAGCGGGCGGGAUCAGCUUUGUGGACAUGAUAGAUAACCUGCGUGGGAAGUCUGGUCAGGGAUACUACGUGGAGAUGGCCGUGGGCUCUCCUCCGCAGAAGUUGAACAUCCUGGUGGAUACAGGCAGCAGCAACUUUGCUGUCGGGGCAGCUGCACAUCCCUUCCUGCGAAGAUACUACCAUCGUUCACUCUCCAGCUCGUACCGUGACCAGGGGAGGAGUGUGUAUGUUCCCUACACCCAGGGUCGCUGGGAGGGGGAGCUGGGCACCGACCUGGUCUCUGUCCCACAUGGCCCCAACGCCACGCUGCGGGCCAACAUCGCUGCAAUCACCCAGUCAGAUCGCUUCUUCAUCAAUGGAUCCAACUGGGAGGGAAUCUUGGGACUAGCCUAUGCUGAUAUAGCCCGGCCUGACGAGGCAUUGGAGCCUUUCUUUGACUCUCUGGUUCGCCAGACUCCUGUCCCCAACCUUUUCUCUCUCCAGUUGUGUGGAGCCGGCUUCACCCAAAACUACUCCCUAGGCAGCGCUACCGUUGGCGGCAGCAUGGUCAUCGGAGGAGUGGACCCAUCACUCUACGUGGGAGAGCUUUGGUACACUCCCAUCCGUAGGGAGUGGUACUAUGAGGUCAUUAUCGUACGUAUCGAGGUGAAUGGACAGGACCUCAACAUGGACUGUAAAGAGUACAACUAUGAUAAGAGCAUUGUGGACAGUGGCACCACCAACCUUCGACUGCCUAGAAAGGUUUUCCAGGCUGCAGUCAAGGCUAUUGAAGCAGCCUCUUCGACAGAACAGUUUCCCUCUGGGUUCUGGCUGGGGGAGCAGCUGGUAUGUUGGCAGGCCGGCACUACACCCUGGCACAUCUUCCCAGUCAUCUCGCUCUACCUGAUGAGUGAAAACCACAACCAGUCCUUCAGAAUCUCCAUCCUGCCGCAGCAAUACUUGCGGCCAGUAGAGGAUGUAGCCUCCGCCCAGGAGGACUGCUACAAGUUUGCAGUGUCCCAGUCCAGCACUGGUACAGUGAUGGGAGCUGUGAUCAUGGAAGGCUUCUAUGUGGUCUUCGACCGAGAAAGGAAACGCAUCGGCUUUGCCGUUAGCACUUGCCAUGUGCAUGAUGAGUUUCGCACAGCCUCUGUGGAAGGCCCGUUCCAUGGCGUCGACCUGGAGGACUGCGGCUACAACAUCCCUCAGACGGACGAGUCCACUCUUAUGACCAUCGCCUACAUUAUGGCGGGAAUCUGCGCACUCUUCAUGCUGCCACUGUGUCUCAUGGUGUGCCAGUGGCGCUUCGCCCGCUGCCUCCACCCACAUGGGGACUUUGCUGACGACAUAUCGCUCCUUAAGUGAAGGAGAAGACGAAGGGGACAAAAGGAAUCUUAGAGACCUCCACUUGAAACACAGGGCAGGGAGGAAUUGUGGUAAAAUAGAUAAAAUGCUGGUGCUGUUAAAAGAGAACUUUUCAGGAAUAUAAUAUUUAAAGUUUAAAAAAUGUUGACAUACAGUGAAUACACAGUGAACAGAGCAUUUGAGGAUAACUAGAGCCAUUACUAACCUGAAGGACAAACAAGAGAAAGUUGGUGUCAUCAGCGUCAACUUUGACUGUUUACGCUACCUAUGCAGAUCAGCAUGGCAAGAGGUGGGAAAAUGCAAAAAUCAGCUCUUUGUUAUAAAUAGUGUACAAAUAGACCACAGAGAUGGAUCAGAUUUGGAAUUUUGAAAGAUAUGUCUCUUAACAUUGCAGAGAUCCACACAGUUUGGGAUUUGGAGAACAUUAAAGAGAAAACCGAUCAUUUACAAACAUGGCUAAAUGAAGAAACUCACAACCUGGAUUUGAAUAUGAGAUGGGAAUCCAUCAUGCAGUCAGACGUGAUAUGCUAUGGGGCAAUUUGAACAUAUGAGCGUGUGGCAUUUAUAGAUUUAGUGUUUGUGGCUUAUGAGUGAAUGAAACAAGGUUGAUAUAUGUGUGAGCAUGCCUGUAUGUGUGCACAGUUAUACUGUAAGUUAAGAGUAUACAGAAAGAGUGAAUGAAAAUUAACAUACUUGUAAAAAUUUAAAUGAAAUGAAUAGCAUAUAUGAAAUUACAAUAUUUUGCAAAUGCCAGCAAAGAAUUCUGCAAUGCAAAUUAACUAAGCAUAAAGAGGUUCAUUUAAUGAAAUAUCAGAUUGUAACAGCAUUUAUUGCAUACAAUCAGUAUUGCUUAGUGUGAAACUGAGACUACUGAACACAGUCACUACCAGAUGUCACUUUUUCUUCCUAUAUUGAUAGCCUAAAUGUAUCUAUUGUAAAUAAAAUGUGUGCGUUCCAAAUGUUCUAUUUGCACAGACACACACACACACACACACACACACACACACACACACACAGAAUACACAUUGCUUAUCCGACUGCUGCACCCUCUGAUGAUGAUUUGCACAUGUAACAACAAAUAACAUGUUAACAAACUAAGACUUAAUAGGGCUUCUUUCACAGACACAGAAACAGCAUAACAUCUUUCAAUGGGGACCAUAUAUGCUUGGACAAGGAAACCAGCCCAAAGUAUGUUAAGCUCUACGUACAGUAUGUCUACAAGGAACAUAUUAUUGUUAUUGUCUCUCAGCAAGCUGUAAAUAGAAAAAAAACUCAGAACUGUAUAUUUAUCUGUCAGGCGCUGGCAGCA